AUGUUGAAAAUAUUUUGGAUAAGAUCUACAAUCAAACAAAUGCAAAAAAAAUUUACUAUUUAAAAAGAAAAAUCAUCUUUAAUAGAAAACUAUUAAUCGUUUUAUAAUUUUUAAGACGAUAUUAAAUCACUUUCUGAAUUUAUUUCAACAGACAACUAAGAAAAAUAAUUGGAAUGUUAAUUAACUAGUUAAUUUUUUUAGUAAUUUGCGCUCUUAUUUAAUAAUGUAAUAUUACUUCAUAUUUUUAAACUAUCGACACAUUUAAAGAUACUAAAUAAAAAAUCCAAUUAAUAAAUAAAAAUAUUAAAUUUGAAUUAAUGGAUUCAGAAGUUAUAACUUUUAAGUAAAUUUAUUAUCAUUUUUUAGAAAACCCCUUCGUUAAAUAGUAAUUGCCAAAAACAUUAUAAGGAAAUAAUAAUGAUUAACAUAGAUACUAAGAAUAAAAAAAUGGAGGAUAGAUUUGUGUUUGUUGAUUGUAUUAGUGAUCAUCCAAAUUGUUAAUACACAACAAUAGAAAAAGUAAAUUAGGAAUUGAAUUAUGCAAAAAACCAAUAAGAUUUAAUUUUAAUUGAUUUUAAGGCAAAGAACCUAGAAAAAUAUGAGGAAUUAUUGAAUAAAUUGCCAUAAUAUAAUGAGAAAAAAUUAUAAUUAAUAACUUAAUGA